AUGGAUUCAGUUAACCAGAGCUGUCCCCUGCAGUUUCAAAUAGCACUUGCGCUGGCUGUUGUCAAGUCAAAACCCCAAGACACGAGCAUCCGAGAAUCUCACCUUGACAGCACAAGAUUCUGGCGCGAGGCAUAUGAGAAAUCGGAAGCUGCGCAAAGCAAACUUUUAGACAGGAUAUAUGAAUUAGAGCAGCGCAAUGAAGCCCGUCUGUUACGAGAUAAAUGGGAUGCAUCCGUCAGUGUAGAGAAGCAAAGCGUGGCCCAGGCUAAUCCCAAACCAUCGUCGUCAACCCAUCCGAAGAAGAGAGCAAAAACAGUGAGCAUCGAAUCACAGGCAUAUGCCCUGUCGUCUAAUAAGAUACACCCAAACUACCGCUUUAGCAACCUUGAAUUUUGUGAAGGCAUCACUGCACAAUUAAUGCGACCUUUCCACACCUUGCAGGCUCUACUUCGAAAGAAAACAAAUCCCGAGUCUAUGGCGCUGGCCAUAGAAUCCGUAUGCAGGGCCUUGGAAACAGCUUUGCUCACGGCUGUAAGGCAAGAAAUAUCUCAAAAGCCACCAGCAAAGGGAGGCAGACAAAUUACUAAGUUUCCCAUACAAGACAUCUCCAAAAUUCUCGAUGUGAUAUUCCCGUCUAUCUUACAAGGGUUAGGCAGAACAUCAGGUCUACAUGAUGCGGGCAUAAGCACCAAAUCCAUUGUCUACCACGUCGCCAAAUUAUUCCAGCGAAUAAUGCAGCAGUCAUAUCAGUAUGCACUUCUAAAGGCAAGCCCUGAGGGCACAUACGAAAAGUCAGCAGCACAAUCUUGUGAGAAAUCAAAAGCCAGAUCCAACAAGAAAAAGAAGAAACCUUGCAUCAAACCUGCUCCAAAGGUCGAGAAUAUACUUGGCUGUUUCGCUAACAUGGCAUGUACCAUGUUUGGGUCUUUAGAUACGGCAAAACCUGAGCACAAAGAUUUACUGGAAGGUUUCGCCUUUGUGAUCCUGGAGCAUGUUGGGAUGGUACUCGGUUUCUUCACUUUCAAAGACCUGUCGCCCCUUACAGAGCCAAUGACCCCUAAGCUCAAAUUAACCGUUCCUGCAUACCUAACAACUGCUUAUAAUGAUAUAAGAGUCCCUACACCUGAUAUCGCAGAGCUAGCUGCAGUCUGGAACUCGAAACAUUUAAUACGGCUUCUAAAGCUAGCGAUUUUAUAUAUGGAUCAGCACCAGAAAACGACCAAAGUAGCAGCAGAACCAAUUGACUGUGGACGAGAAAAUAGCUUAGCCUCAGAUGCUAAAGCAAAGCUUCAAAACACCCUUCUCAAAGGUGUAUUUGGUGCUGAUGAUAUAUCGCUCGGGGCUUCGUUGAAUUUCCCCCCUGAGACGUCUUCCGGAAUCAUCUGCCCGGAGCCGUCCAUCAAUCCCCAAGAAUCCCCAGGAGAAUGGUUUACUCAAGAAGUAUGGACACUUCUUGGCUGGGACUCCCUUCUAAGGUGCCAAUGCCUGGAGAGAAAAUGA